GAAUCCCAAGCAGGCUCCACACUGUCAAUGAAGAGCUUGAGUCGGGCUUGAGUUUGCAGACCGUAAGAUCACGUCUGGAGCCCAAACCGAGAGUCAGAGAUUAACCGACUGAGCCCCCCCCAGGUGCCCCAAGACUUGUUUAUUUUUUGAAGUACAUGAGUCUCCUGCCUUUGUAACCCCUAUGUUUGCUUCAUCCUGGGUUGAAGGUCUCUAGGUGGUUGAAGUCCUUGGAGGCAUAAGCCCUAGAAAUGGAGGUGGUAUAAUAUCGAUGGGUUGUUCUUCCUUGAUCAUAACUGCUUUCCUUUUUGAAGAAAGGAGGGGAUACCAGAGACUAACAUGGAUUACUCCUCCCCCAAAAGAGGAGAUGGGGGCCCAGGGUGGGGCCAGCUGGGUCAGUGGUGUCCGAAGUGUUUGAGGGAUAAGGAAGCUGCUGGCUCCCACUGAUAGUGAGCAGGUGGCUGGGGAAGGAACCAUUGCCUCCUGCUCACUCUUCAUGGUGAUGGCCAGCGUGGAUAGGGGAGAGCAAAGGGAGCCCCAAGGGGAGCCACAGCGCCUGGUCUCCUCUCAAGUCCUGAAGUAGGACUGGCACCAGCGGAUUUUUGUCAAUUGCAGGUUGGUGCUGGGGAAGAUUCGCUGCUUUGGCUUUGACAUGGACUACACCCUGGCUGCCUACAAGUCCCCAGCCUAUGAGGCACUGGUCUUUGAGUUACUACUGGAGCGUCUGGUGUGCAUUCGGUACCCGCGUGAUAUCCUGCGCUACACCUAUGACCCCGCCUUCCCCACUCGGGGGCUGGUGUUUGAUGUGCUCUAUGGGAACCUGCUGAAGGUGGACACCCAUGGGAACGUGCGGCUGGGCACCCAUGGCUUCACCUUCCUCUCGGACUGCUCCCUCCCCAGGGCAGAGAUCUGGAGCUUCUACCCCAGCAAGUUCGUUCAGAGGGACAACCUGGAGAGGUUCCACAUCCUCAACACGCUCUCCAACCUGCCUGAAAUCUACCUGUGUGCCUGCCUGGUGGACUUCUUCUCUGGCUGCUCCCGCUACACCAACUGUGACACUGGCUAUCAGCAUGGGAACCUCUUCAUGUCCUUCUGAAGCCUCUUCCAGGACGUGAGUGAUGCCAUGGAUAAUGUCCACCAGUCGGGCUGUCUGAAGGAGAAGACCCUGGAAGACUUGGACAAAUACGUGGAGAAGGAUGUGCAAAUCCCCAUCCUGCUGGGUAAGAUGAAGGAAGUUGGGAAAGUAUUUCUGGCUACAAACAGCAGCUACAACUACACAGAUGCCAUCAUGACCUACCUGUUUGGCAUUAGUGAGGCUGAAGGCUCAGCCAGGCCCUGGAGGUCCUACUUUGACCUGAUUGUGGUGGACACACAGAAACCCUGCUUCUUUGCUGAGGGGACGGUGCUGAGACAGGUCAACAGGGUAAUGGCAGGGGCUGAGGAUUCAGGCAAGCUCCGCGUGGGCACCUACAUGGGGCCCCACCAGCACUGUGUAGUUUACUCUGGAGGUUCUUCGGACACGGUGUGUGAGCUGCUCGGGGUACGGGGGAAGGAUAUCCUGUACAUUGGGGAUCACAUCUUUGGAGACAUCCUCAAGUCCAAGAAGUGGCAGGACUGGCGAACUUGCCUGGUGGUUCCUGAGCUGUUCCGGGAGCUUGGCAUCUGGGACCAAGAGAAGGGUGAGCUGUGUGUGGGGGGGCUUCAGGACCAGGUAGGGGGGGCACCGGCCACCAGUGCAGAGGCCUGCCCCUUCAUCAUUUUGUCCUCUUCCCUGUUGGGGGUUAGUAGUAACUGUGAUAAUAUUGUCCACUCUGUGGUUUAUGAGAGUGGAUCUACUUUACACAGAGGAAACAGAGAUCCAGAGAGUGGAACUGGGCCUGGGGCAGAUAAAGAUCCUUCCUCCUUACCUGCUCAGCAUGAACUCAGGAUGCCUGCCCUCUCACACAGGUGUGCACAGCCAGCCCAGCAACUCCACCGGGUGCCUGUGGAGUGUCCUCUGACCUCCAUGGGGUCUAGCGAGGUUGUGCCUGGAGCUUGGAGGCACCGUUCCUUUUCUCCUGGGUCAUGUGGCUGUUUUUGCACCAGGCACAUGGAUGGGAGCAGUUAUGGGCUGCAAGUUAUCAACUCCACCAAGAGGGAGAUUCAGGUUCUUGAGCCCAGUUGCAGGAUUUUCCACAACCGCUGCAGAGCUCCACUUGUCCUUGUCUGCCAGCGCCCUCUGCUGGUCUAUGCUCCAAAUGACAGCACCGUGCGGCUGCAGGAGGACUGAGUUCAGGGUGAUUUGUGGAGUGUGGCUAGACCCUCAAUCUCCGUUAACCUAAUCUCCAUGAACCCUCCUUGAGACAUGCCUGCCUGUUGGGUCGGGUCCUCAACGUGCCAGACUAGCCAGCUGUGAUCAGCGUCUGGGGGCAUCUAGCUGAUGGCGCUAUGCAGACCUCUACACCAGCUGCCUGCCUCAACUUCCUGAACCACCCACUCAGCUUGCUGUAUCUGGCGGUCCUGGAGCUGGUGGGUCCCUGCAGAGCCUCUCUGGCUAUCCCUGACCCUCUGCCCCAGGAGGAGCCUCUGGUCUCCAGCCCUGCCAAGAGCUUCUGAGGUCACCAGGCCCCAUCUCCCACCUCCAGGCACAAGUGGGUCAAAGCCUUGCAGAUGCCCCAUGAGUCUGCUGUGGAGCAGGAAAGGGUUAACCAGCAUCCCCUCUCCUGCCCUGUCUUCUACAGCCUGAGGGCUGAGGGCAAGGAGAGAGUUGAGGACCAAGAGGGCUGCAUGGAGGCCGAAUGAAUCCUGGACAUGUGCUGGCUUCAUGGUCAUCUUCUACUUGAGAUAUUUUUCAGAUAAAUGGAAAAGUGUGGAAGAGAGAAAAAGCAAUCCAUAUUGAAAUCUCCCAAAUGUAACAGAUUUGGUGCCCAAGAACACAUCUUUUAGGGAGGAGGGAGUAUUGUCAUCCUAGAAGACAUUCCCUAUGGCCUUUGGACCAUUUGGAAAUGGAUGGAACAAGUGGAAUUGCUGUACCCAGUCCCAGUCCCCCUGAGCCGCGUCAUGCUUCACAUCCAAUGUUGUUUCUACACAUUUCUUUUAAGAAAAAGAAUAUUUCCAUGCACUUUUGAUUCUGUUACGAGUAAUAACAAUACCUGAUAGGCCAUAGGUGAUUUCAUUAACUGUUCUUUCUUUCCAGGUCACUAUGAAAGAUUGAUGAGUAAAUGUGAUAGCACCAACAUCUUUGAGCUUGAUGUGUACAUGCAUUGAAACAUGUAAGAAAUCAUACGUAUGAUUUGAGAACUUGGUACUUUAUUUUGGUAGGAGCUGCCCUGUGGUACUGAGCCUGGGUCCUACAUUGUUCUGAUGUCACUCCAACAGCUCGUGUUUUGUCUGUUAGUGGUAUCAUCUGGCAUUAUAUAGAGGCUUAGAAUGAAUAUACAUCUGCAUAACUGAAAUGACAAAAUAAACUCUUGAAGGAACAGG